AUGAAGCAGAUACUUCCUGUACCGUCACCGGUAACCUCUUACUGGCUCAGCCAACCACAUAAGUUCAGCAACCUACGAUCCACAACAGAGCUACCCGCAGAAUGCGAAAUCGCAAUCAUUGGAUCUGGCAUGGCCGGCAUCAUGACAGCUUACCACAUCUUCAACCAAGCGAAGCAACCGCCUAAAGUUGUAAUUCUCGAUGCUCGCGAGUUAUGCUCUGGUGCAACAGGUCGGAAUGGCGGGCAUUCCAAGAUCAAGCUUUCGACGCUUGCUGGCCAGAUCCCCAAGUUAGGUCCGGAUGGAGUAGACGAGCUGCAAGCUUUCGUACAAGGUGUCAUUGCUAAUUUAAAGCAAGUUGCUGAAGAUGAAGAGCUGGACUGUGAGCUGGAGAUUCGCCGGAGCUUUGACGUCCAACUGGAUGAUAACGAUGCAUCUGCCUUAAAAGACAUAUACCAGGCUAGCAGGAAAGCGGGCCAUUACUGGACCAAAGACGUCGGGUUUGUGCUGCCAGAGUAUCUCGAGCAAGUAACUUCGAUCAAGGGCGCGAAGGCCGCCGAAAGUGUCCCUUGUUGCUCACUCUGGCCGUACAAGUUUGUAACACAGUUGCUCGAGCGUCUCGUCUCGCGGUACCCGGAGCAACUCAAUGUGCAGAUGACAACACCGGUUACGGCCGUUUCUGUGCUGGCAGACGGAACGAACGCGAUCACUACGUCGCGAGGGGUCCUGAAAGCGAAGAAGCUGGUGUUCGCCACGAAUGCGUACACAGCAGGUCUUCUUCCACAAUUCAAGGAUGUCAUUGUACCCAUUCGUGGUAUGGCAUCGCACAUUGUCCCGAGAGUUCCUGUGCACCCCCAUCUUUCCCAUACGUACAACAUCACCUUCAAACCUGGCCAAGCAGCGGAUUACCUCAAUCCGCGGCCCGAUGGAAGCAUUGUCGUUGGUGGAGGAGGAUCGAGAUUUAAGUCUGACCGUCCGUCAUGGUUCGAUAACUUCGACGACUCGACUCGUUUUAACAGCGAGGUAGAGGGAUAUUGGAAUGGCUACAUGCAGCGCGUCUUCCUUGGCUGGGAGAACAGUGAAGCUGAAGUAGAAAAAGUUUGGACUGGUAUAAUGGGCAAUACGCCCGAUGGUUGGCCACAUAUCGGACGCGUUCCCGGCCGAGACAGUCAAUACAUACUCGCUGGGUUUAAUGGUGGCGGAAUGGCCUUUAUUCCGACGACUGCGAAGGCAGUAGCGAAGAUGGUAGCAGAAGACAGCGACUUCGACUAUGUAAAGAGAGAGUUCGGCAUUCCGGAGAUAUUCGCAACGAGCACAGAGAGACUACGACAAGCCUUUACAGAGACAAAAUGA